UUUACUGCUUUGGUUUUCAUAUCGACACACCGGCCUUACAAAUAAUCGCAACAAAAUCACUCUAACACAUAAAGUAAAACUAGCUGUUUGAAUACAUAUCUUUCAUACUAGUUAUAUUAUUUGAAUUGUUUCAACUAUAUUGUCCAGCAUUAUGAAGCUUCUCUGCAUUUUAACAACGAUUGCUUUUGUGAACGUUUCGCCGAUAAUGACAGGGGAAUAUGCAAAUUUGGUUUACACUACAAACAAAUACAUCAGAGAGGCUUUUGAUAAUGAUCCUGCUGGAUUGGAGACUGCAAUUUCAAAUAUUAUUAACGAAGAUAAACCGUUUGAGACACUUAAUUUGAUGUUGGUUAUACCGGAAAAAGUAAACAUUUUCAGAAUUAAUCAUGAUGAACGAUUUAUUAUGAACUUACCAAUGCAUAUUGCCAUAGCUGAUCAGGUGGCAGUGCGAGAAGCAAUAUCCCAAGUAACAGAUAUCCCUGUACCUCAACUUGGCCCAAACGAAAAUUUUGAAAAUGAUUCAUUGGUACAGCUUGGAGAAGCAAGAAGACGAAUAUUAGGAAAAGUUACAAAAAAAUUACUUACUGAUGCAAUAGGUAGAGGAAGACCAAGUUACCCCAACCUUAAAGAAGUAUGCCUUCUAAUAGGUUUACUUCGAAGUAUGCAAUUUCCCGAUUCAUAUAUAAAAACCGCUAGUGUUGAUCAAGCGGGCAAUGUUUGUACGUUAACAUCACAAAAUCGCAACUUCCAAUACACGCCUUAUCUCGGCUAUAUUUUUCCAGUAAUGACAGUGGACAAUUACCGCCGAGUUACGAGCGUUUUAAUUGAGGCAAUGAACUGGUUCAUCUAAAGUAGACCAUCAAUCGUAGCUAGCUUUUAAAAAAUUAUAUUCUACCUAUUGUUGUUAUUUUACUUAAAUAAUAUUUAUAGGUCGCACUUGUAGCUAAACUGUCAAUUAAUUCAAUAUAUUACAAAAUAAACGAUUUCGUUCAUUGAUAUUUAAUACACUUAA